UUUCUAUGCCUCUAAACACUUUCUUGAGUGUUCACUCGUAAAGUAAACCUUUUUUUUCUGGGAUUUUUAAAUCACAUUGUCUUUCUUUAUUGUUUAAAUUGCUGUCAGUGGGAGCGGAGAAGGAAACGAUGCUGUGCGCGCUGUAUCCUCAGUGAGUGCGCGCAGCUGGAACAGACGAUCUAAGUGAAGGCGUGAGCAGGUUUCGGGUGACGGGGUGAAGGAUGGCGGGCUGCUGCGUGUCUGCGGAGGAGCGAGAGAACCAGAGGAUCAACGAGGAGAUCGAGAAGCAGCUGCGGAGAGACAAGAGGGACUCCCGCAGGGAGCUGAAGCUGCUGCUCUUAGGGACUGGAGAGAGCGGCAAGAGCACCUUCAUCAAACAAAUGAGGAUUAUUCAUGGUGGCGGUUACACAGAGGAGGACAAGAAGGGCUAUGCCAAACUGGUCUUCCAGAACAUCUACACAUCCAUGCAGAGCAUGGUCCGUGCCAUGGAAAUGCUCACCAUACCCUUCGCUGAUCCUCAGAACCAGAGCCACGCAGAAUCUGUGCUGGAGGUAGAUGUGGACAAAGUAGAGGACUUCGACCAAAGUCUUGCAGUAGCAGUCAGGAGUCUAUGGAAUGAUGCAGGAAUCCAGGAGUGUUACGAACGGCGCAGGGAGUACCAGCUGUCCGACUCCACUAAAUAUUAUCUCUCUGAUCUGGACCGAAUCGCACAACCCUCUUAUGUGCCUGAUCUGCAGGAUAUCUUGAGAGUCCGAGUACCCACCACGGGGAUCAUCGAGUACCCCUUUGACAUGGAGAACGUUAUCUUCAGAAUGGUGGAUGUGGGAGGUCAGAGGUCAGAGAGGAGGAAGUGGAUCCACUGCUUUGAGAAUGUUACCUCCAUCAUCUUUCUGGUGGCACUCAGCGAGUAUGACCAAGUCCUUGCUGAGUGUGACAAUGAGAACCGCAUGGAGGAGAGCAAGGCCUUGUUUAAAACCAUCAUCACCUACCCCUGGUUUCAGCAAUCUUCUGUCAUACUCUUCCUCAACAAGACCGACAUCCUCAAGGAGAAGAUUGUGUACUCUCACGUUGCCACCUACUUCCCUGAAUUCACAGGACCUCAACAGGAUGAUAAAGCCGCACAAGAAUUCAUCUUGAAAAUGUACCAAGAUCAAAACCCAGACAAGGAGAAGACACUCUACGCUCACUUCACCUGCGCCACAGACACGGAGAACAUCCGCUUCGUUUUUGUGGCGGUCAAAGACACCAUCCUUAGACACAAUCUGAAGGAGUUCAACCUGGUCUAAUAGGACGCAUAGGAGGGUAGGAAAGGACACACAGGAGAGUACAAAAGGACACAUAAAAGCUAAACAGGAUGCAUAGGAGAGUAGGAAAGGACUCAUAGGAGCCAAACAGGACACCUAAAAGACAACUAUUACAGCAAUAAACUUUCUUGGCAAAUUACAGAGAGCAAUUUUUUUAAGUGAGAAUAUUUGUAGAAAUUUUAAAAAAUACACUAAGAGAAUGAUAAAGUACUUUGGAAGUUGAGAAAAUCAGAAAUGCAUUCAGGUCCUCAAGUACUUGCAGAGGGACAAAUCUAAUGUUGCCUCCAUACAUUGCCGUAACAUAGCUGAAAUUAAACAAUCAACACUUAUGUGCUUGUUGCGCAGACUUUCAGCUUUAAUUCAAAGGGUUCAACAAAAAUAUCACUGAGCAUUUUGGAAUUACAGCCUCUUUAUGCAGUUUCUCCACUCUCAGAGCCCAUUAGUACAGUAGUGGACAAACUGUUUUUAAUGCUAAUGAUUACUUUUACACCCUGUUUUCUUUAGACAAGUCAGGGAAUGGAUGUGAACAUUUUCAAGUCAUUCAUCUUGGACUUCACUGACAUCAAUCAUUAAGAAAUUCAAACAGUAUGGUACUCUAUGGCAGCAGUUUUCAAAAACAGAGUGAACUGGACAAGAAGGUGCAAGAAGUGAGGGAAGCCACCACAACACCCUUGACAGCUCUGGCUUUUGUGGUUAUAAUGGGAGAAAGUGUCCAUUGUCCAACUUUUGACUGUUACAUCAACACUUCAUGAUGGAGUGAGACAGGAAUUUCUCAAAAGACUUUUUUUCUAGUUUGCCAGAAGGCACAUGGGAGACUUAAGCCUAUAUCUGAUUUUUUGAAUUCCAAUCCUCUGGGCCACUUCUUGGUGUACAUCAAGUCCAAGACAUAAUCUUUAACAUCUUCUGGCAUGUAUAAAGAAAACUGGCUGUAAAAGUGAUAAAAAAAAUUAACAAUAAUCCUUAAAUUUAACUCAUCCAAUUACCUCUAAAAAAGGAACGAUAAAUCCUAAAUUGUUAAUAUUUUUUUAAACAGUCUACACCUCAAACAUGUCUAUUAUUUUGUUCAUCUCCAUCAUGGGGGUGUAGAGGCAGAAUUACAAACACUGUCGCUGUUCAAAUACUGAAGGACCUGACAGUGUAUUAACUGCUAGAUUCAACAGAUCACAGGUGAUGAGAAGAACUGAUAUUACAGUUUAGUGAGUACAUAUUGCUGAGAAAAUAUCAAGUGUGCAUCAAAAAAAAAAAAUAGUCUGGUAUGGGUGUCUUAUGUAGUCAUGAUAUCACAGCCAAUUCACUCUUAUUUUACAUCUAAAUUUUUCCAACAAUGAUGUGCUUUGAAAGCAACUUUCUGGGUUAAAGACAUUUUUCUGUUUUGCCGUUUCUGUUCAUAUACUUUUCAAUAAAUUUUUACUUUAU